CCUUGUUUAUUAUUGCUGGUUAUGAUUAGUAGUGACGGGCAUAUGAAUAUUCAGCAUUCUGUGUUAAGAACAGAUUAUUUAAAAAAAACAUUCAACGGCGGAUCGCUUUCAAUCCUGGUUCUUUAAUUAGUCAAUAAUUUGUGAAACAAGAGUCCAUUAACUUUUUGAAGAAUUAUUACAUCAUGAAACUGCUAUGUCUUCUGACCAUUAUCUAUUCGGCUGUGAGGUGCGAUAUGGAGGUCAAUAUAGCGGUUUUGCUGCCAAACAUCACGCGAUACCCUUUCUCUGUAGAUAAACUGCUUCCGGCACUAGAAAUAGGGAUUGCAUAUGUCCGGUAUACUUUACCUCCCAAUGUUAACUUUAACGUCAGGUAUGCAGACACCAAGUUUGACACGACUGUCGGGGUGGCCAAGGGGAUCCUCCUUCAUCAAGAGGAAACCGUCCACGCCUUCUUUGGUCCCGUGUGUGACUACGCCGUGGCCCAACUUUCUAGAAUGGCCAAGUAUUGGAAUAUCCCACUCAUUUCUGUGGGAGCCAUGGCGUCUGAUUUUAUGAAGUAUAGAAAACAGGAUUACUCUAGUUUAAUACGCGCUGGUCCUGUGAAUUUUAACAAUGUUGCCGAGUAUAUUAAAAUUUUAAUGGACUUUUUCUCUUGGAAAAAAAUGAAAAUUAUUUCUAAAGGAAAGGGAGAGGAUUUGUAUGAAGAUUAUUGCUCCCUCCUGAGUAAAGCUGUGCACGACUAUCUAAACUCGGACAGUUCAAAUAUUACCAGCGAUUCCUUCAUCUUAGAUACAGGGGUCAAUCUAGAAGAUUUACUUGUGAAUGAGAUUGGAAAUUCUUAUGGAGUUGUGUUGCUUUGUGCCCCCAGUGAUAUUGUGAGGAACAUAAUGAUUACUGCCGACGAACUCGGUUUUGAUAAUGGUGAAUAUGUCUUCCUCAACAUUGACUUCUUUAGUAGUCAAGGGGAAAGUGGAAAACCUUGGUAUAGGGAGAACGACAGUCUAGAGCGGAACAGGAAGGCUAAGAAAGCUUACGAGGCCCUGAUGACGAUAUCGAUCAGGAAACCUACAAGCCUCGCCUACAGAAGUUUCUCAAACGAAGUUAAAAGUCAAGCUGAAUACGGUAGCUUCGGCGAGGAGGAGGUGAACAGUUUUGUGGGCGCCUUUCACGACUCCUUUAUACUAUAUGCUCUCGCCUUAAAGGAGACUUUCGCCAAUAACGGUUCCAUAACUAACGGGACAGAAAUGAUUGAAAGGAUGACGAAUAGAUCAUUUCAAGGUAUUACCGGUACUGUUAGCAUUGACGUUAAUGGAAACAGAAGUUCCGAUUUUUCUCUUCUAGACUUGGACCCGGUGUCAGGAAAUUUUGAGGCAAGUAUAUCAAGCCUAAUAUGA